CCGGCAGCCAUUUCGUGUAAGACCAUUGACGAGUGAAGAGCGGCGCCGCCUCGGCGACCACACGGUGAGUGUCCGACCGGAAGAUCGAUCCGUCCGCCGUACGACGACACAGGCCCGGGGCCCUGAACUACUACGGAGCUAUAAUGGACGGUUCCAUCAUACCGGCCACACGGGGACCCCGACCUUGGAGGAGGAGCAUGGGCUCGGAUAAGCGAAUAAGUCGCAGCGAGCGCAGUGGGAGAUAUGGGUCGGCCUUUGAUAGAGACGACCGUGACGAGCGAGUGUCCAGAAACAGGCGUAGAGAAUCUGUUGAAUAUAAACGUUACAGAGAUGACCGGGACGAUCGAUACGAUGAUUACAGAGAUUAUGACAGCCCUGAACGAGACAGAGAACGCGACCGUGAGAGGAGAAACAGCGACCGCUCUGAAGACGGCUACCAUUCCGACGGCGAAUACAUUGACCACGACUAUCGCAAUGAUUACAUGGAUGAAAAGGAGAGCAAGACCAUCAUGCUGAGAGGCCUUCCCAUCAACAUCACUGAGAAUGACAUCCGAGAGGUGGUGGAGACCUAUGAGGGGCCGCAGCCCGCUGACGUGAGGCUGAUGAAGCGUAAGACAGGUUUAAGCCGUGGUUUCGCCUUCGUGGAGUUUUAUCACUUGCAAGAUGCUACCAGCUGGAUGGAAGCCAAUCAGAAAAAGUUGGUGAUCCAAGGCAAGACCAUCGCCAUGCAUUUCAGUAACCCCCGCCCCAAGUUUGAGGACUGGCUGUGCUACAAGUGUGGCCUGUACAACUUCCGCCGAAGACUAAAAUGCUUCCGCUGUGGGGCAGCCAAGACCGGUGAGUGUUCAGAGACUGCCGAGUUCCGUGUUCAGGGGGUCUGUGAAGAAUCCGAUGUGGAGGCCCCAGCUGGUGCUACUGAUGCUCCGCCAUCAGCGGAUUACUACAGCGACAGUGGCUAUGUAUCCUCAGCCAUAAUCCUGCGAAACAUUGGGCCACACACCGCUAUGGAGUCCAUCCUUGCUGCACUGGCUCCUUACGUAUCUCUGGCAGUGAGCAACAUCCGGCUGAUCAAAGAUAAGCAAACCCAACAGAACCGAGGAUUUGCCUUUGUGCAGCUGCCGUCCGCAUUGGAAGCCUCGCAGCUGCUGCAGAUUCUCCAGACUCUUCAGCCACCUCUCAAAAUCGAUGGGAAGACAAUUGGUGUGGAUUUUGCUAAAAGUGCCAGAAAGGAUCUUGUUCUGCCAGAUGGUAACCGGGUCAGCGCAUUCUCCGUAGCGAGCACAGCCAUUGCUGCCGCUCAGUGGUCAUCCACUCAGCCUCAGCAAAGUGGGGAAGGGGGAGAGCCUAGCUAUGGACAAGAAGGAUAUCAGUAUGGACAAGAUUAUCAGCAAUAUUACCAGUCUCAGGCCGGAGGAGCAGAACAAGGAGCAGCAACCGCAGAGGGUGCCCCCGCAACCACUACCACCAGUGCAGCUGUCGUAUGUCAGAGCCCCCAACUCUACCAGCACCCCAGAUCUCCGACUCAGGCCAGCACUAGUGCAACAACCAGUGCCGCACCCAGUGCUAACACACCAGAUGGUGGUAUCCCUAAUCCCAUCAUUCCAGGCGUCAAAUAUGCUGUUCCUGACACGUCUACUUACCAAUACGACGAAUCAUCCGGCUACUACUACGACCCUACGACGAGUCUCUACUACGACCCCAAUUCUCAGUAUUACUACAACUCCGUGACGCAGCAAUUCCUGUACUGGGACGGGGAGAAGCAGACUUAUCUGCCAGCCGCAGACGCUGCCGCUGGUGGACCCGGGCCUAACAGCGCUUCUACAUCCGGCACCAAAGAGGGCAAAGAGAAAAAGGAGAAACCAAAGAGCAAGACGGCACAGCAGAUCGCUAAAGAUAUGGAGCGCUGGGCAAAGAGCUUGAACAAACAAAAGGAGAACUUUAAAAACAGCUUCCAGCCUCUGAACUCCCGAGACGAGGACCGCAAAGAGUCUGCAGCCGCUGAUGCCGGGUUCGCUUUGUUUGAGAAGAAGCAAGGAGCCUUGCUGGAGAGGCAGUUUCUUCCGGAAAUAAUGAUGAUGGUUGUCGCGGAGGAAGAGAAGCCACCUAACAAGGCCCUGGUUGCAGCUUACAGCGGUGACAGCGACAAUGAAGAGGAGUAUGAGCGGCCUCUGUCACUAAUCGAUGAGGAUAAAUUAACAGAUUGGAAGAAAUUGGCCUGUUUACUGUGCCGACGGCAAUUCCCUAACAAAGAUGCUCUCACCAGGCACCAGCAGCUGUCAGACCUACACAAGCAAAACCUGGAUGUGUACCGGAGAUCCAGACUGACAGAACAGGAUUUGGAUGUAUUGGAGCAACGGGAAAGAGAGGCAAAAUACAGAGACCGGGCGGCGGAGCGGCGUGAGAAGUACGGCAUUCCCGAACCCCCGGAGCCUAAACGCAGGAAGAUGUAUGACAACACAGCUGUAAACUACGAGCAGCCAACCAAGGAUGGCAUUGACCACAGUAACAUUGGAAACAAAAUGCUCCAGGCCAUGGGCUGGAAGGAGGGCUCGGGCCUGGGCCGGAAGAGUCAGGGAAUUACCGCCCCCAUUCAGGCUCAGGUGAGGGCGAAGGGUGCCGGUCUCGGUGCAAAAGGAAGUGCCUAUGGAUCAUCCAACGCUGCAUCAGAUUCUUACAAGGAUGCUGUCAGGAAAGCCAUGUUUGCCCGGUUUACGGAGAUGGACUGAGCCAUUGGUGCAGUGUAUAAGUUUACCCCCCCGGGGGGCGCAGUAGUCAGCGUUCUUCCUCAUCCAUUGUAAAGGUGCUGGGCACUGCCUGGCAGGAAGAGGGCGACCCGUGUAAAUGUGUAAAAUAAAAUUGUACAGUGUAAAUAUAUUUUUUUGUGUUUAAGUUUCUAUGUUGUGCAGGAAAUGUGUGAAGGGAUGUGAGAUAUUAUUUACCCCUCCAUAGCCGAGGGAUUGUCAGUCCUUUCUAGCUGAUAAACUUUGUACAUUAUUUUUUUUUUCCAAUAAAAUAAAUUUACAAGCAAAA